AUGUAUUGCUACAGACAAGACAUGACAUCGGAAAGUAUGCUGUCCGUUAUAGAAAUAAAAAAGAUAUAUGUCAAGCCAGGUGCAGCAUACAGGAAUAUAUCUUCCGUUCAUUACCAUGAUUAUUACAAUUACAAUGUGAGCUGUAAUAGUAGUACUCACUGGCUGCAUAUUAAUGAUAAAAAUGAGAUAUUACAAGUAUCAAAGAUGCCAGAAAACAAAACUGAUGUACAAUUCACGUUACAUUUAAACAAGACACAUUACAACUCAAAAUUAUACUGUAUUCAAUUUAAAUGUUCUUCACCGCAACAAAUAAUGGUACAGAGUUGCAUAAGAAAUGUUACGGCCGUAACUAAUUUUAAAGAAGAUAGUGCCACCCACAGUGGACAACCGAUCAUUGUAAUGCAUGCGGAAAGAGACUCUCAAACAGGUAUCAAUCUAUAUCGGAAAGUAAUUUUAAUGUAA